GGGCCGGGCUGAGCGCAGCGCGGGGCGCGGAGCAGCCGCCGCCGCCCCCGGGAUGGCCCAACCGCGCCGCCGCCCCCGACGCAUCAGCAAUCCCUGCCAAGCUGGGCCAUUUGAAGGGGGACCGCAGCAGGCAGCUUGCAGGCUCUGAGAAGCAGUGACAAGUCUCUCCAGGUCAGCGUCCCCGAGUCGCUGGGUUCCCCUGCCCCACAGAUUUGGCUGUUCCUUCUGGACAAACUGGAGCCUUGCUGUCAUGGGGAUACACUGAACCCUCACCCCAGGAGCUUCAGGCCUGGAUGUUGGUGCUGCUCCUCCCGGACGAUGUGGCUGAUACUCUGGAGAAGCCCUCUCUUGCCCCCUGUUCUCCAAGUGCCUGAGCUGGUGGCCGGCUGGGACCUGCGUCUCGCCCUCUGGGUCCUGAGCUUCGCCUCGGCGGUUGUGCGCAUGGAGGGCCAGGUCUACUCUCCCACUGUCAACACUCACUAUGGGAAGCUACGGGGAGUGCGUGUGCCACUACCCAGUGAGAUUUUGGGACCUGUGGAUCAGUACCUGGGGGUGCCUUACGCCGCCCCCCCAGUUGGGGAGAAGCGGUUCAUGCCUCCAGAGCCACCUCCCUCCUGGUCAGGCAUCAGGAACGCUACCCACUUUUCACCAGUCUGCCCCCAGAACAUCCACAACGCCGUCCCUGAGAUCAUGCUGCCCAUCUGGUUUACCUCCAACUUGGAUAUCGUGGCCACCUACAUCCAGGACCCCAACGAGGACUGUCUGUACCUCAACAUCUACAUCCCCACGGAGGAUGACAUCCGGGACAGCGGGGCCAAGCCGGUGAUGGUGUACAUCCACGGCGGCUCAUACAUGGAGGGCACAGGGAACAUGAUCGACGGCAGUGUCCUGGCCAGCUACGGGAACGUGAUUGUCAUCACACUCAACUACCGCGUCGGAGUGCUCGGGUUCCUGAGCACAGGGGACCAGGCUGCCAAGGGCAACUAUGGGCUGCUGGACCAGAUCCAGGCGCUGCGUUGGGUCAGUGAGAACAUCGCCUUCUUCGGCGGCGAUCCUUUGCGCAUCACCGUCUUCGGUUCCGGCAUCGGUGCCUCCUGCGUCAGCCUGCUCACCCUCUCCCACCACUCAGAAGGUCUCUUCCAGAGAGCCAUCAUCCAGAGCGGCUCCGCGCUCUCCAGCUGGGCGGUGAACUACCAGCCCGUCAAGUACACCAGCAUGCUGGCAGACAAGGUGGGCUGCAACGUGCUGGACACGGUGGACAUGGUGGACUGCCUGCGGCAGAAGAGUGCCAAGGAGUUGGUGGAACAAGACAUCCAGCCAGCCCGCUACCACGUGGCCUUUGGGCCGGUCAUUGACGGGGAUGUGAUCCCAGAUGACCCAGAGAUCCUGAUGGAGCAGGGCGAGUUCCUCAAUUACGACAUCAUGCUGGGUGUCAACCAAGGCGAGGGGCUGAAGUUCGUGGAGGGUGUGGUGGACCCCGAGGACGGCGUUUCGGGCAGCGACUUUGACUACUCGGUCUCCAACUUUGUAGACAAUCUGUACGGCUACCCCGAGGGCAAGGACACCCUGCGAGAAACCAUCAAGUUCAUGUACACAGAUUGGGCUGACAGGGACAACCCCGAGACGCGCCGCAAGACCCUGGUGGCCCUCUUCACCGACCACCAGUGGGUGGAGCCGUCGGUGGUGACAGCUGACCUGCACGCCCGCUACGGCUCCCCAACCUACUUCUACGCCUUCUACCACCACUGCCAGAGCCUGAUGAAGCCCGCGUGGUCCGACGCAGCCCACGGGGAUGAGGUGCCUUAUGUGUUCGGGAUCCCCAUGAUCGGCCCCACAGACCUCUUUCCCUGCAACUUCUCCAAGAACGAUGUCAUGCUCAGUGCUGUGGUGAUGACCUACUGGACCAACUUUGCCAAGACAGGGGACCCCAACAAGCCCGUCCCCCAGGACACCAAGUUCAUCCACACCAAGGCCAACAGGUUUGAGGAGGUGGCCUGGUCCAAGUACAACCCCCGCGACCAGCUGUACCUGCACAUCGGGCUGAAGCCGCGGGUGCGCGACCACUACCGAGCCACCAAGGUGGCUUUCUGGAAGCACCUGGUCCCCCACCUGUACAACCUGCACGACAUGUUCCACUACACCUCCACCACCACCAAAGUGCCGCCGCCCGACACCACGCAGAACUCCCACAUCACCCGCCGGCCCAACGGCAAGAUCUGGACCACCAAGCGCCCCGCCAUCUCACCCGCCUACAACAGCGAGAACGGGAAGGAGAAGUGGAGCCCGGAGCAGGAGGCGGGCACCCUGCUCGAGAGCCCCCGCGACUACUCCACCGAGCUGAGCGUCACCAUCGCCGUGGGCGCCUCGCUCCUCUUCCUCAACGUGUUGGCCUUCGCCGCCCUCUACUACCGCAAGGACAAGCGGCGGCAGGACACGCACCGGCAGCCCAGCCCGCAGCGCGGCGCCGCCAACGACAUCGCCCACGCGCCCGACGAGGAGAUGCCGUCCCUGCAGGCCGGCCAGGCGCACCACGAGUGCGAGGCCGUGCCGCCCCACGACACGCUGCGCCUCGCCGCCCUGCCCGACUACACGCUGACGCUGCGCCGCUCCCCGGAUGACAUCCCGCUCAUGACGCCCAACACCAUCACCAUGAUCCCCAACUCGCUGGUGGGGCUGCAGACCCUGCACCCCUACAACACCUUCGCCGCCGGUUUCAACAGCACGGGGCUCCCGCACUCACACUCCACCACCAGGGUAUAGCUGCCCGCGGCCGGCGCACCCCCACGCACGCACGCACACGCACUCGGCAGACACUGGCAGAGGGACCGGCGGGAGCCCCCGGAUGGACGGGCGGACAGACGGACGGACGGGUGGCGCACACGGACGGCGUGACACCAAGCCCAAACCUGCGGGCGCUGCGCACCGCCGGCCGCCCCGCUUCCCUCGGCGCUUUCUUUCAUUCCUUUCUAACUUUGAGAAGUGCUUCAACUCUCCGGCUCCCGGCAGGAGGGCCCCACCGGUGCACCGGGGCUGUGCCCCCCGAUGGGGACACGGCAUCCCCCGCGCCCACCGAGCACCCCGAGACGGGCGAGCAGCGGUGCCGGGCAUCCCUCUUGGAGGAGGUUCGGCAUCCAGAGCGCCGUGGAUAAGGCUCCGUCACUGUGCCAUGGUGCUAAGGGCAGAGGCAGCGGGCAGGGGCCCGGCCUCGCGCUGGGUGCGGGCGCUGGGAGCCGGGGAGCCGCCCCGCGACGGGGACGUGGCACCUCUGCCCCCUCUUUGCGCUGCAGAGAAUCUCUUUUGUGUCAGUCGUUUCUCUUUGCAGAGACGUUUUUUAAAGCAGAUCUUUAGUUCUUUACACACUAACGGAGUCGCCGCGUUUUGUCCUUUGUAAAGAUUUUAAACCAAGUGUUCUUGAUAUAAAAUAAAAAGCCAGUUAGAAGAACCCCAGCGUGUGUGCGCGGUGCCGGCCCCGACGCGGCCCCACGGCCCCAGUACCCGCGCACGGGGCCGGCGGGCACCAGGCACCAGGCAGGGCCCUGCCUCCGCGCUGCAAGGCCGCGCUCUUUUGUAUUUUUGAUAUUCUCCCUCCUCUGUCACCCGUGCCCACGGAUCUCAGCCAAAAAGCCCACGCCAGGGCCCGGCCACGGGCACCCCACGGCCCCUCGGCCCCAUCCCAGCCCCCAGUCCAGUGCCACCCUCAGCCCUCUGCGGGGUCACCCGACGGGGUUGGAUGCGUGCUGCCAAAGCGCAGCCACCCACUGCCACCCUGCCCUGCUCCCCACCUCGCCACCCCCCCAUGCCAGGGUGUGCCACCGGGGACAGGGCGCCUGUCCCAGGGCUGGGGCACCCGCAGAGCCGGUGAUGGCUGCAGGUAGUGGGGAGCUCGGGGCUGGACGUGGGGAAGGAGCUACCCGGGAGCAGUGAGGGCAGGGGUUUGCUUGGCCCCCAGCGUGGUCACCCUGGGCACAGGAGGAGGGGACGGGUCCCGUGUCCCCACAGGGAUGCCACCCUCAGCCCCGGUCCGGCUGGCAGACGCUGCCCGCGCUGGCAGCCGUGACGCACCGGUGCCGGCCGGCCCCACACAGCCCCACAUGGUCCCACACAGCCCUGGUUUGGGGUGAGGCUGCUGGUUGGAGAAUGUAUUUAUACCCUGUCACCCGCUCAGAGUAACAAAUUCCAAAUAAAACAGAAGUGAUAUUUU